ACCAAGACUGGUGGUGGGGCCAAGAUUGUGAAGCCAGUGUUCACUGUUGGCAGGGGUGAUGGACCUACCACCAAAAAUGUUGGCAAGGAUUCCAAGCAAGAUGGGAGCAACAUUCCUCGCUUCCUUUCCUAUGUGCGCAAGCCAAGAGUUCCAAACUUUGCCAAGAUCCAUGAGCGUGCCUUCAACCGCAUGGAGGCAUUGGAUGACUAUGUGGAUAAGAAACGCAAACGCACCAACACAGUUGGUAGCUCAGUGAAGAAGCCUCAGGUUGAUCCAGAGAAAGUCUUCAAGCCAGCAGUAACCAGUGUCAAGAACCUGAACCUGAAUUUUGUUGCUACAAGAUCCCCAGCUAGAUUUGGCAAGACCCCAGUUGGCAACAAAGAAUCCAAGGCUGGUAACACUACCAAAACCCCUAAGAGUGUUGCUUCCCUUCCCCACAAAUCACCCAAAGUGCCUUCCAAGUCUCCCAGAGAGGUCAAGACCCAGCCCAAAGCUGUCCCAGCAAAAUCUCCAAAAUCAGCCAAGAAGUCUCCAAAGGUAGCAGUCACGUCAACAAAGCUGAAAGGCCCACACAAGUCUCCGAAAGUGCCCACCCAAAAGUCCCCAAAAGUCGGCAGGCCCUCACCUAAAGCAGGCCAGAGUCAAGAAGGGAUGAAGGUAGCACCAGCAUCAAGCAAGAAGGUCUCACCAAAGUCUCGUGUCAGUGCAUUACCCAGAUUGCUGAAGGAAAAUGUGAAGCCAGCAGCAAGGCCAUCUCUAGUUAGCCCAGCUGUGACUAAAGUGGCAUCUGUGAAAAUGCCCCAGAGUCCAGCAUCAAGCAAAAAGAUAAAUGAGAGCAGCUCCAAGAUUCCAGCUAGCAAACCAACGGGGUAUGUCCCUUACAGAGGUGCUGUGAAGCCCUUCACUGAUCGUGCUACCCUGAACAAGAUGGCUGAACGAAACCCAAAUCUUAAGUCAAGGGAGCAGAUAAGAGAAGGCCAGAAGAAGAUUCUAAAGGGAGUCAGAUUUAACAAGAGAUUUGAGCUGCAGAUGGCCAAGCGAGGAAUCAACCUGCAAUAGUAAUAAGGAACCAAACUUAAGAUAUUUGUAUUUGCUUGCUUAUGUAUAUAUAUAUUAUUGAAUAAUUUUUCCUCCUCUUUUAUUCACUCUCUCUCUAUAUCUCUUUCCACCUUUCAGUGAUUUGUUUUCUCACUGUCUCACUCUUUAGGUAACAUGGAUUACAAGUUACAUUUGUAUUCAAUAUAGAUAGUAGACUGAAGAGCUUGUGAAGUGUUCAGUUUUGAAGAAGGAUUUUGCUUUAGUUGGUAACAAAUUAUCUUACUUAUGGCAUUAUCUUCUUACUUCCAUUUUAGCUGACCUUUUAUAUGUAUUUCAGCUCUGAGUAAUCUUAAUUUUGUGAAUUCUCAAUAUUAUCAAUGUAUCAUAUUAGUUCAUGUAACCUUCUGUUAACAAAUUAUUUAUUAACACAUUACAUACUCCUAAAUGAAUAUAUACUUUUUUCACAUUCCCAAGCUUUAACAAAAAGCAUUUAUACAAGCAUUCUGAAUGGCUAUACACUGAUUAACUUAAUGUCUUGAAAGAGAAUAUAAAAUGCUGGAAAUCCAGAUUUAUUAUGGAGGUUCUUGUUACCAUUUGUAUUUUCUUAAUAAUUGAGGCAGUCCUGAUCACUGAUAUAUUGAGGUUAAUAUACCUGUCUCAUGGGUAGUUUUGCAUGCAUUAUAAUGUCUUUCACCUUUUACUUGAAAACUUUUUGAAUUAGGAAAACUUCUGUGCCUAUCCUUUGUAUAUAAAACAUUUUUAUAUUUCAUUAUUUUAUUUGUUUGCAGCAUUGCAAAUAACACUGUUCAAUAAGCAAAGUUGUACCUGCUGUGUUUCUAAACUGACAUUUUUUGUCAGCUUUAGCACAGAAAGUUUUAUAUGUUUUGAAAAUAAUAGAGUAUACAACAGUA